UUUUGUUCAGCGCCGUACUCUUAAUACUUAAUAUUCACAUGAAUGAAAUUGUAGUAAAUUUUGGUAAUUAUUAUUGUUAUCUCGGUCUUGUUAUCAGUUAUUUAGUAAAAACUUUAUAAGCAAGUGUUAAAAUGUCUUCAAUUUACGACAAUUUGCCUUUGGAGCAUCCUCGCAAAUUGAUACCGGCUUUAUGUCAACAGUUUUAUCAUUUGGGAUGGGUUACUGGCACCGGUGGUGGUAUUUCGAUUAAAUUGAACAAUGAAAUUUACAUAGCUCCUAGUGGUGUACAAAAGGAACGCAUUUUACCUGAAGAUUUAUUUGUACAAGACGAAGAGGGCAAAGAUAUACAAAUACCACCCGAUUAUAAGCAUUUAUCCAAAAGUCAAUGUACACCACUCUUUAUGUUGGCCUAUCGUCAUCGUAAUGCGGGCGCUGUUAUACAUACACAUUCCCAGCAUGCUGUUAUGGCCACUUUAUUAUGGCCCGGUGAGGAAUUUCGUUGCACUCAUUUGGAAAUGAUUAAAGGCAUUUUUGAUGAUGAAUCGAAACGUUAUUUACGUUAUGAUGAAAAAUUGGUGGUGCCUAUUAUAGAGAAUACUCCGUUCGAAAGAGAUUUGGCAGAUUCUAUGUAUGCAGCUAUGAUGAAAUAUCCCAGUUGUUCAGCGAUUUUAGUUAGACGUCAUGGUGUCUAUGUUUGGGGUGCCACAUGGGAAAAGGCCAAAACUAUGGCGGAAUGUUAUGAUUAUUUAUUUUCGGUGGCUGUUGAAAUGAAAAAAGCUGGUUUAGAUCCUGAAAAGUUUCCUUAAACA